AUGGGCAAAUAUUCAAAGGCUAGGCUGCCAAAAUUUACAAGUCAAGAAGCGGUCUUACCGUCGUAUAAACUUGACUCAAACUUGGUUUUGUUACCUGGCGUGAUUUAUAAUGUUACUUUCUCGAGAUUCAAAGCAGCUGCAUUGUUAUAUCGUUUUAGUGACCAUGUUUCAAAUAUCAAUGUUAUUAAUAACUUGUUAAAUGAAUAUGAUUUUAAAAAAGAUGAAGCCACAAAUGAUAAAAAAAACGGAGUUACUGCCAAUGAACAAAACGAAUAUGGACUGUCUCCAACACUUAUUUCGAAGGAUGCAGAAGAUGGUAUCUGGAGAUUUCACAAUAUGGAGAAAAAUGUUCAAGACGCUUUUGCAGAUACUAGUUCAAACAAGGAGGAAUCAAAUGCAAAUGCGAAACAAGAAACAGGAGCAAGAACAAGAACUACUGAAGGAGCCAAUGUGCCUACUUUAGAUCGUUUUGAUUGGCUUACUUUAGCAAUUUCGCCCAACUUGGAUCGUAUCAAAGAUAGAGACUCAAAUUACCUUAGCUCCAUGGGUAGAGUUGUAACUGUAGUAAAGAUUGUCAAAGUGACCGAUAACACCAGUACCAUUAGACUUACUUUUAAAGCUGUGACUAGAGGUUUAAAGGUAAAACCAAGAGAAGACAGGGAAAAGUUGAGGGCCAAUGAAGCAAAAAUACUCAUUGAUUGGAACCACGAUGUUUAUGAUUUAAAAGAAAAGUUGAACACAUUGCAGUCAAACUUCUUUGCGUUGAAUGAAGCAAUCGAAAAUUUUCUUGUUGCAUACCAUCGUGCCAGUGAGAACAAUCCAAGUACUAUACAAGGUAGUAAUUUGUCCUUGGUAAAGGAAGAGGAAAGUUCCUCUAGCAAGGAUGAAUCGGCAAAUAAAAAGGAUGGCAAAAUCUCCACCGAAUCACAACCACCAGAACAGGAUCUUUUGACUUUGAACCCACUUGCAAAUGCUCUUUUCUUACAAUUAGCCAGCAAUACAGAUAUCGGUAAAGCAUAUAAUAGCCUUAUACAAUUAUACUCGCACUUUGAUGCCAAGAUCCAGCAUCAGCGUCUGGAAGGCUUUAAGGAUGAAAAGAUUUAUUUGAAAUUGGUAGAUUUAACAGCCGCAAUUUUGCCUUUCCCCAAUUACGAAAAGCUUCGUCUCUUGAACUGUUUCCAUAUUGAAGAUAGAUCUACCACUGUUAAUGACAUGUUGUCUUUGCUAACAAAGAUAUUCAAAAAUCUUGAGCAGAACAACUUAUUUGCGAAUAAUUGGUUCUUUAACGAAGCUACGAAUGUUCAAAAGGCAAAUGUAGUUGCUAAGCAAUUGAAGUCAAUCCGUGGUCUUUUGGAAGGCAUGAACACAAGAAACAAAAUAAGGCAAAGGAACGUCGAAAGGCUGCUGCAGAGCCUGCAAUCCAAACAACGAAAGGGCACAAAUUCACCAACUUCCACACGUGGCUCCCCUUCUUCUUCUUCUUCUUCUUCUUCUUCUUCUUCUUCUUCAUCUUCUUCUUCUUCGCGUGGUGAAAAUAACGACGAUUUUGAUGAUAGUAAUGACGAUGGCGAUGAAUUGAAAGCUAUUUCCAACUUCAUUAAAAAUACACUUCCAACAAUUUCCUCGUUAUCCUCUGAUUCAAAAAGGCUCAUUCUAAAAGAUUUCAAACGGAUCAAGUCUUCGGCAAAUUCCCCUGGCGGUAUGGGUGCAGAUUACCAUGUUCUUCGUAACUACUUGGAGAUUGUUAUGGAUAUACCAUGGGAUUGUUUUGUCACAAAGUUUGAGUCUAAUAAGGACAUUGAUCUUCAAGCAGCCAAGGCGCAAUUGGAUUUAGACCACUAUGGACUAGAGCAUGUCAAACGAAGAUUGAUACAAUAUUUAGUGGUUUUAAAGCUCUUGGGUAUCAACGCUUCAUACCUUGCAAACAAAGAGAGGCAAGAGCUAGAAAAGCAUUCACGUAGAAAUUCUGAUGAUGGUGACAGCCUUGUUGGCAGCUCAGAACACGAAAGUACACUAGAUGAACAACCUAACCAGAAGGGGACUAUUUCGACAGGUGUUGAACUUCAGAAUGGAUAUUUGGAACAGGUCGCUGUGAGCAAGAAUAACAAAUCUCCCAUAAUUGCAUUAACCGGUCCCCCAGGUAUUGGUAAAACAUCCAUUGCCAAAUCGAUAGCUACUUCAUUAGGCAGGAACUUUCAAAGGUUGUCUUUGGGAGGAAUUAAAGACGAAAGCGAGAUUCGGGGCCACCGUAGAACUUAUGUUGGUGCCAUGCCGGGACUUAUUAUUCAAGCGUUGCGUAAGGCACGCUGCAUGAACCCCGUAAUAUUGUUAGACGAGAUUGAUAAGGUUGUGGGAGGCAACUCUGGUAGCAGCAAGUUUAAUGGUGAUCCCUCAGCUGCGUUAUUAGAAGUAUUGGACCCUGAGCAAAACAAUACAUUUAUUGAUCACUAUUUGGGUUUUCCCGUCGACUUAUCACAAGUCAUAUUUAUAUGUACUGCAAAUGAGCCUCAAAACAUGACUAGACCGUUAUUGGAUAGGUUGGAAUUGAUUCAGAUGGGUGCCUAUGAUUACAAUGAGAAAUUAGUUAUUGGCAGAAAGUAUCUCUUGCCGCGUCAGAUUCGGAGAAAUGGUUUCCCCAUUACGGAAGCUCAAAACGACUAUGAUGAGUAUAUCCAGCUCGAUGAAAAUUCCAUGAAGAAAAUUAUAGUCGAUUAUACUAGAGAAGCGGGUGUUCGAGAUUUUGAGAGGAAACUUGGUGCUUUGUGUCGUUAUAAAGCUGUUGAGUACUGCGAGUCGUUAAAUGAUGGUAAUCGCAAACCCUAUAAUCCUACGAUUGGCGAGAACGAUUUGGUUGUAUAUCUAGGAGUUCCAUUUGCAAGCUCUGACUGUGUUUCUGAAAAUGCAACCUCGUUUGGAAACUCUAAAGUUGGGGUAGUGAAUGGAUUAUCAUACAACUCCGAAGGUCUUGGAUCUGUUUUGGUGUUUGAGAGUAUUGGGUUUGAUAGAAGGUUUGGAAAAGUCAUUGGGGAAGAUUCAAAACUGAUGGAUGGUAAUCCAGGAACCGCAUCUGGGUCAGGAGCAGCAUUGCACAUGACGGGUAGGUUGGGUGAGGUUUUGAUGGAAAGUGGAAAGAUUGGGUUGACCCUCAUCAAGCUGAUGAUAUACAAGGAUUUGUUGAGAGUUGAUGGUGGUCAGAGUCAAGUCCUUGAUAAAUUUAACAAUCUUGACAUCCAUAUGCACGUUCCAAUGGGCUCGGUGCCCAAAGAUGGCCCAUCUGCUGGUGUCACUAUGGCAUUGCUGUUUUUGUCGGUUCUCUUGGAUCGAGCAGUGCCCAGUGAUAUCGCCAUGACUGGUGAAAUCACCUUACGUGGGUUGGUCUUGCCAAUUGGUGGCGUUAAGGAGAAGAUGUUAGGUGCACAUCUUAGUCCCGGCAUUAAGAGGAUGAUUGUUCCACGUGAAAAUAGGAAAGAUCUUAUUGAAGAAUAUGCAAAAUGUUUAGUAGAGGAGAAGGCUACCACCGCUACUACUACUACUACUACUGCUGCUGCUGCUGCUGCUGCUAAUACAACCAGUGCUACUAAAUCAUCUACUUCGAAUGGUGACUCCGCCGUGACCAUCGCCAACUCGAGGGAGGAUAUGAACCUCAUCAAUGAGCUCUUGAGAGAUAACGAAUUACCCGAAUUCAACAUGUCGCAAGUGGAAGACUAUUUUGCCAAAAAGUAUUCGUUGCAAUUGUAUUAUGCAAGAGAGUUCAAAGAUAUAGUUGAGAUUGUAUGGGAUGAAGACUUGCUUGUUAAUGGCGCAGGACAAAAGCUUAUUGAGUACAGGAUUUAG